CCGGCGGCGGCGGCGCCGCGCUCCCUCCAGCCGCGCCCGCGCAGCCCCCGCAGGAGUAAAUAUCAGUAUGACUAGAGUCUGAGGAAGGGCUUCUGUGUUCCUAGCAAGAGCUUGCUGGUGCAGAGGAACAGUGCAAGGACACCAGGGGCAUUUUGAGCUACCAUGGAUAUCCCCACUGAUUUGGUGCCAUCAUCCAUGAUGUCCCAGCCUGAGGUGAUUGAGUCCACAGCCGUGAGUGAACCACAGUGCUACUACAAUGAAACCAUUGCCUUCUUUUAUAACAGAAGUGGAAAAUAUCUAGCCACUGAAUGGAACACUGUCAGCAAGCUUGUAAUGGGACUGGGGAUUACCGUCUGCAUCUUCAUAAUGCUGGCCAACCUCUUGGUUAUGGUGGCUAUUUAUGUCAAUCGCCGAUUCCACUUUCCUAUUUAUUACUUAAUGGCCAACUUAGCAGCUGCGGACUUUUUUGCAGGGCUGGCCUACUUUUACUUAAUGUUCAACACAGGACCCAACACUAGAAGACUGACUGUAAGCACCUGGCUUCUCCGUCAGGGUCUCAUUGACACGAGUCUGACAGCCUCUGUAGCCAAUUUGUUGGCUAUUGCUAUUGAGCGGCACAUUACAGUUUUCCGAAUGCAGCUCCAUACUCGGAUGAGCAACCGCCGAGUGGUCGUUGUGAUUGUUGUUAUCUGGACUAUGGCCAUCGUCAUGGGUGCCAUACCAAGUGUCGGAUGGAACUGUAUUUGUGAUAUCACUCACUGCUCCAACAUGGCACCGCUCUAUAGUGACUCCUACCUGGUCUUCUGGGCUAUUUUCAACCUGGUCACUUUUGUAGUCAUGGUGGUCCUAUAUGCUCACAUCUUUGGGUACGUUCGCCAAAGGACUAUGAGAAUGUCCAGACACAGUUCUGGACCCCGCAGGAAUCGGGACACCAUGAUGAGCCUCCUGAAGACUGUGGUCAUUGUGCUUGGUGCUUUCAUAAUCUGCUGGACCCCAGGAUUAGUCUUGCUGCUCCUCGAUGUUUGCUGUCCCCAGUGCAAUGUCCUGGCCUAUGAAAAAUUCUUCCUGCUCCUGGCAGAGUUCAACUCUGCCAUGAACCCCAUCAUCUACUCCUACCGGGACAAGGAAAUGAGUGCGACGUUCAAGCAGAUCCUCUGCUGCCAGCGCAGUGAGAGCACCAACGGCCCCGCCGAAGGCUCGGAUCGCUCAGCAUCCUCCCUCAACCACACCAUCUUGGCUGGCGUCCACAGCAAUGACCACUCCGUGGUGUGAAACCACAGCCAGCCCUGUGCCCGACAAAGAGCAGCAGGCAGCGCUGUGGGACGGGGCAGGUGCAUAGCCCUAGGGAAGGUAACCCACUCACGUUUUCUCAAACACUAAUGGACUACAAGUGCAUCUUUUCCAGGGGGCCUGACAUGCCAGUGCAGACUGCCCUGUCCUCAGGACUGGCCAUGCUGCAAAGCCUUUGAUUUCUACUUUGAAAAAGGGGAACAUCGUUGCUUUGCAGAGGAGGUCAUGGAAAGCCUUGCUGAGACUUUGUUGGACUUUGCUGCAUCUUGGUGCCAGUCUGAAUCAACUCUGAUUAAUUAAGCUUAUACCUGCUUCACUGCAUUUACAUGUAGCCACUUAGUAUUUUUAAAAAGGGAGUAAAGGGGAUAAAAAUAUGCCUAUCAUUUAAUAGACAUGUAAUAUGUAUCAACAUCAGCAUGCUUGUGAUGAACAUUUUCUGUGCAGGGAGUAAAACUGUGCUCUAGUCUUUGUAUCCUUAGCCACACUGUCAUAACUACAGUAAAAAGAAAAGUAUUUUUUUUAACACAGGCAACAGAAAGAUGAGGGAAACUGACUCUUCUUACCUUCAUUAUUGGCGUUAGAGAAUGCAUGUUCUGUGUGUAUGCAGAUUGUUUUAAUCAUGAAAAAAAAAAAAAAGUUCUUUGUAAAGUCUGCCGGAAAGUAGAAAAACAUAGACUGUAUUCCAGUGUUUGUUUAGAUUAUGAAAUAAACAGUACUUUAGUCACAA